UCCGAGCCACCGAACGGCGAGACCUCAGCGAGGAGGAGGUGGAGGUAUGACUGCGGACUCGGAGGAGCAGGAAGACGAGCUGCUCGCCCUCCAGAGUAUCUUUGAUGCGGACGAGUUUGUUCGGGAUGUGUCCGAGUCUGCCGGAGAAAUCCGAGUGUCCGUUGAGCUUCCUGUCGACUUCAGUGUGGUUCUCAGCGAGGGUGAAAGUCUGAGGCAGUAUGAUAUUUCUUUCCUUCCACCUCUGCUUCUGACCUUUGAACUUCCUGAGGACUACCCAUCCUCCUCCCCUCCCUCCUUCACCCUCACUUGCAGCUGGCUGACUCACACACAGUUGGCUGCGCUGGGUGCGCACCUCACUGAUCUCUAUGAAGCCACUGGGGGCGCUGUGGUGCUGUUCUCCUGGGUCCAGUUUCUCAGAGAAGACGCUCUGAACUUCCUAAACAUCCACAGUAAGCUGGAGCUUCCUCCUGAUGAACGCAGCACCCUGCAUUAUAACCAGGACAAACAAGAUGCUGAACCCUCAGAACCAAAGAAUGAUCAGCUCACUCCAAAUUCAGAAGCAGACCUCUCUGUACCAUCCUUGGAAGUUCAGGAGAAUCCUUCUGAUGGGAGCAGCACAGACUCUCAGGGAGCUUUGGCUUUAGACUCCGACACAGAGGACCAAAAUAAUCUGAACUGUCAGCAGAACCAGAGUGAUCUAACCUCAGAUUAUCAAAAACCUCCUUCUCCAGAGGCUACACUCCCAGAUCAAACUGCACACACUCCAGAUGUGACAGCCCUCCAAACCUCAGAGUUUGAGGCUGAUUCCCAGGAUGAUCUCUCUUCAGCUGCAGAGAAAUUUGAGCCUCUCCCAUUUUCUCAGUUGGAUCAAAGUGGUCAGGAAGAUGCCUUAAAUGAAGGAGAUGUUUCACGCUCAUUGUUGCUUCCCUCUACUUCCUCAGGCCUGCAAGAUCCAAGUGAACAGGGAGCUGCUUCUCUGCCGGUCCACCCCAGAGAUUCACCUCAGAAUGAAGAACAAACCCUCUCUGGUCUCUUUUUAACUCCCUCACAGACUCUCCUGUCACAGAUUUUGAUCUAUGAUGCGGGUCAGAAAAAGAAAGUGUUUGCCACCACCGUCUUUGACUGUGGGGUUUGUUUUAUGGGCUGGCUCGGGUCGGAGUGCGUGCAGCUGUCUGGGUGUGGCCACAUCUUCUGCCGGGCCUGUCUCAGUGAGUUCUGUAAGGUUCAGAUCACAGAGGGGAACGUCCGGGGUGUCACAUGUCCUCAGGCAGAUUGCACUGGGGCCCCUACACCUGCACAGGUGCAGAGUCUGGUAGGGGAGGAGCUGUUCAGCCGCUAUGACCGUCUCCUUCUACAGGCCACUCUGGACUGCAUGUCUGAUGUGGUGUACUGUCCUCGGAGUUCCUGCGGUUCUGCUGUGAUUUUGGAAAAGUCCAGCAAGGCAGCACUUUGCUCUGUGUGCAGCUUUGCCUUCUGUGUCUCCUGCAGAAAGACCUACCAUGGAACCGGAAAGUGUGAGACCAAGAAAAAAUACGCUGAAAGAUUUAUAAUAGACCUGCCACAGUCACAAGAGGGGAUGAAGGCUCUCUGGGAUGACUACGUCAGUGGCAGCAAGGAGAGGAAGCGCCUGCUGGAGAACAGAUAUGGCUGCAAUUUGCUGGUGGCCAUUGUGGAAAAAAAUCUGAGUGAUGACUGGAUUGCGAACAAUAGCAAGUGUUGUCCUGACUGCUUCAGCAAAAUAGAGAAGGACGGAGGAUGUGACCAGAUGACGUGCACUCGGUGUAGGCUGAUUUUCUGCUGGAACUGCCUCACCAGACUGACACCAGAAAAUAUCUCACAUGGGGCCAAAUGUUCUUCCUACUAAUUCUAUCCUCCCCAGUCAUCAGAUACUCAAACAGCAGGACCUGGCAAAAGAUUCCCUUUGGUUAUUUCAAGAAAUGCACUUUGCUUCAAGAUUUCUUGAUUUUGGUUAUUUAAUAAUCCACACUUACAGGACACAAAGGGCAGUAAUUUAACUGCCUUUUUAUUUUUAUUCAACCACAGCCCACAGUGUAUAUGUUCUCACUAGUUAUAAUUUGAAGCUUAUUAUUGUUUUCACUGUCAAUAAAUCCACCGGUUAUUCCUUCAGUUAAUGGAUAAACUGUGUGGUCAGAAAAUAGAACCUGUACCCACAUUUUCAGAAGUCCUCU